AUGGAGGCUCUCAAAAGUGAGCUGAAAGCAUGGGAGAAGCAGUUUCAAGAGGGUGAAGGACGUGUUCCAGAACGUGCAGAUAUCAAAGCGGACUCACUGAUUGCUGCCAAAUACAAGGCCUACAAUCGAUUGCGAGAUGAUAUCAAGCGCGAGAAAUCAUCGGUCGAGGCUAAGAAAGCCACCGAAACACCUAUGAAGCCUUCGCAAGCAGUUUCAACACCGUCGAAGUCCAAAGCAAGUCCGUCAAAGAGCACGACGGACACGCCAGGGCGUUCACGGGCCGGCAUUGCAGCUUCCCAGUCCACAGCAUUUGUCAAGCCAAAAGACCUCAAGAAGGCAAUUGAAUCCUUGACACCGCGCCGUAAGGGCAUCCAGUCACCGUUCAUGAAUGGCGUGGGUCCUACACCAGAGUUGAGUGGAAGAACGCUGGGCAUUUUUGAUGGGUUGAGAGAUCAAGACGGUACGCCCGUGAAGCCAGGAAACUUAUUGGCGAAGUUGAGUGCAGCAAAGUCGGGCGGAAUGCCUAGCAGAUCUCGUCCAGUAAUGGACAGUCCCUCGAAGCUGAUGUCGAUGCCACCAUCUGCAUCGCUGAUAUCCCCGACGAAAGUACGAAGUGCAAGCCAAUAUGAUACACCAACGUUCUUCCGCACCAGAUCCAUCGAUGUCGAGGAGUCUCCUAAACCGCUUCUUUCGCUCCUUCCCAAGAAGUCGUCAUCCCGAGGAUUGUCCGAUCUGAUAUCUGAUCUCCGGACAUUAGAGGAUGAAGCGCACAACGAAGAUGAAGAAAUCAUGAGAGAGAUGGAAGCAGAGAUGCUAGCUGAAGCGGAACAGCAAGGUGAGCAAGUACCAGAUGGAGAAGGAGAGGAGGAAGGUCGUGUUUGGAAGAAGAAAGGACGAAAGCGGGAUCACAGAAGGGUUCUCAUGCGGCCGGCGCCAGAGCGACCUGUGGAUGAGUUGGAAGACGAACUCGUCGGGGGAGACGACCGGGAUGACGACUCAGAAAGCGAGUUUGGUGGCGGUGACGGAGAUGAUGACCCAGAUAACCCAUUUGCGGAGCCAAAGAAACGCAAAACAUCCGGCGCCGCUGAAAACGAAGCCGAGAGGAAGAAACGGCCGAUCAAGGCCAAGGGCGGCCUGGUCCUCGACGCGCAGGUCAGCAACAAUUUCGUGCGGAUGAAGAACUUGUCAAGAGGGAAGGGAAGAUAUGGUAAGGGCGGCAGAGGAAGCUUUAGAGGUAGGCGGUAGCGGAGCGUGCUAAAGAUAUAUACCCUCAUGGGCUAAAGGCAGGUGUUCGGUGUUCCUGAGGUUAUAGCGUUGCAGAUUAUUAUGCAAACUGGGUAUCAAGGAAAGCAAUCAUCAAACGCCC